AAAGAAGGUAUAACAUCUUGUUUCGAUAAUUUUUUAGUAUAAAAUAUGGAUUCCUUGGACCUCUUAGCAAGAGAAGAUGAAUUUAAGAAGUUGAAUAAACAACUAGAAAAGAAAACUGAGAGUUUAAUGAGGGAAAUCGAACAUGUAAUGCAAAAGCAAGAUUUCUUUGCUGAUUUCUCCCAAAGCCUUACAUUUGGUUCGAGGCCAACCACAAAAAAACAUUGUCAUGAUUCCCCGAUAAGCACACCAGAAAAAGUUAAAACAAAACCAAAAAAGAAAUUAUCUGACCAGACAGUGUCGAAAUUUGAAAAUGGAACAAAUAAAAAAAAUGAAAUCAACAAUGAAAUCUGUGCAAAUGUGUGCACAGAUGAUGAAAACUGUGCAAACAAAUGCACAGAUUUAAAAAAUAAAUUCACAGAUGAUGAAAAUAUGUGUAGAAGUUGCACAAAAAGAGUGAUUUGCCAUUGUUGUACUGUACCAAAGGGUAACACUGAAGAUACGGAGUUUCUAAAUGCUUUUGUCUCUGUCAGUGUUCAAGAGAAAGUUUUGCCGGCAUCAUUUCUGAAAGAUCGUCUAUCGGUUGAUAUAAUUUGCAAAUUCCUGUCGUCGAAAAUUAAGCUGAUGCAAGAACAAAUGGACAGACUUCAGAAUACCAUAGAGAAUAAGGCAUCGCAAUGCAAAAAUCACAUGACAAAAUUAGCCGAAUUGGAAGGUGAGAGAAUGUCUUUACUCACGAGAACGAAUAAUUUCAAGUCUACAGCGGGUGAUUUGAGGGCCAAAUGUGGCGUGUUGGAGGGUAAGCUUCAGGAAAAAGACAGACUUUAUAAGGAACAACGCGGCGAGGCAGACAAACUUACAAUUGAAUUGAAGAGAUUGAAAAAUAAUAACGCCAGCGUGGAAGCGAGAUGUGCGUCCCAUGAAGAAGUCAUUGACAAAUUGAAACAUCAAAUCGAAGAUGCCAAAAGGGCUGAGAAGGAAUUUCGAGAUUCCUCUCGCAGUCUCUCAGCGUCUCAUCAGAACGCCAUCUCUCGGCUGGAGGGUAGAAUUAAAUCGUUAACAACGCGCGUAGAAAAGCAGAAAGCAUUGAUAGAAAACUUGAGGAAACAGAACGCGUUGUUGGCAACAGAGGGCGCUCUAAAGGUUUUGGAGAGGGAAUAUAGUAACUUUUUAACGCAAGAUUAAGUGUAAUUUCGAUGUUUUUAU